AUGUUAGGGUUUGGUGAUCUUGGAGGCCUAAAACUUUCUGUUGCUGAAGAAUACUCACUUCAUUCUAGAUAUCUUGCUAAAGCCAAUUCUCUUAAUCUUUCUGAAAUAGCAGAAACUGGUGAUCUUUGCAAGUAUUGGGAUUUGAGACAACAGAAUCCAGUCCCACCACAUAACUACCCUGAUUGUUGUUAUGGACUUACAAUGAGACAUCCUUUUAUGGUUGUUGCAACAGCAGAUAGAAAUCUUAUAGCAUUCAACUUACAAAACCCUCAGAUUACUUAG